CUGGCUGGUAUUGAAAUAGUUUUUCGAUCAAGUGGACUAAUAUGAUUCAUCUACCAUGUCGACGCUAUAAUCUAAGUGUAUUUUACCAGCAAGGUAAAUCAUUGAUAAAGCAAGAUAAACAUUGAUCUCUUGCUAAGGUCAUAUAAUGGACGCCUUCGUGGAUUUCGAUGAUUACAGCUUCAAUUGCAGUCGAAGCAGCAGCAAUCGUUUCAGUGAAGUAUUAUUGAUACUGUAGAAGGGCACAGGCACAUACAAAAAGAAGAACAGCAGCAACCUAAAGGAAGGUAUAUUAUUGACAUGGAUACUACAACUAUUACGAGCCCAACUGCAACGACCGAGCUGAGUUCACUUGUUGUAGGCUGCAGCGUUGUACAAGACUCACACGCAUUUGUGGCGCAACACGAUAAUAUGGCUGCAGCCCGAGCUAUUCUUCCGGUAUCCGCGGCUGCUGUCAGUGCCAACCAAAAUCAAAAACAAGAUGAAAGGAAUCCACAUCAUACGGCCUUAGCGUUCACCAGUGGUGGUCCACCAGUAACUUCAGCACUAACGACAACAACGAUUGCAGCAAACACAGUGGCCGCGGCCUUGAACCUACCGCCACCAACACCGAAUCCGAAUUUGAGUGUUGCAGACUCUGUAACAGAUGUAGCUUUAUCGGACUGUUUGUUGCCAGCACCGCCUUCAUUUGCGAUUACAGGCAUACGGACAACGCCGACACCACCACUUCACAAUUCUUCAGACCCAACAGCACCAGCAGCACAAGCGCCAGUUCCAUGUGCAAGUGAUUUUGAUUCGGAUACGGAACUGUCCAUAGUAGCAGCGGCAGCGGCAGCAACGGCAACAAACGCAGUUGCGUCCACAGUAGAUCACUCAACCACAUCCCCCGUAUCAGUAUCAAUAUCAACGUGUUCCCCAGCUCAGACUGGAUUAUUAACAAUGACUAAUGGGCACAUCAAUAGCAAUAGCAACAACACCAGUAGCUCAUCACAACUGAGUCUGAACACCAAACAGCAACGCCAGCAAAAACGCCGGCGUGAGCGAGCCCAGCGCCUGCAGGCAGAGCGCGAUAGUCGAUGCAAUUUAAAUGCAAUGAGUGGCGCGUUGAUUGGCGGCGGAUCUGUUGUGGGUGUUGGAGUUGGCAUUGGUAUGGGUGCGUCUACUGGUGGUGGUAGUAGCAGUGGUGGUAUCAUUGGCUCGGUAACUGCACCAACCACGUUAAUGGGUAACAGCAAUGUCGUGGGUCCCGGCAAUGGGAUGUUAUAUCACUUAAAUAGUGCUGGUAGCAUGGGAGAGGAUAGCAAUAAUUCCAAUGGGAACUUUACAAGCAGUAGCAACGGUAGCAACAACCUGCUGCCACCUACAGAUAGUAUUGCAUCAUUGCUAUUAAAUCCGCCACAUUCGCCCGAAUGUAAUUCUGGUCUUAUGGCCACACCUAGUGAUAGCGAAGGCGAGUCACUAGAUGAAGAUCUCCUUUCAACAUCAUCGUCGUCGACACUGCUACUGCCGCGCGAUAAGCCUCCGCCAAGGCCACCACCUCCAGUUCGUCGAAAGUUGCCAAGAUCGCCAGUGCUAGAGGAGGAGAUUAUUGAUGGAUUUGCCAUAUUAGAAUUCAAAACCUACGAAGAUCUUGAGUUUGCUAUUAAGCUGGGACAAAAACGCAAAGAGAAACGGCUUUCGGCGUUGGAGGAACUGACAUGCACCUAUAGCAUAGAAGAAAUGAAAAUGCCAAAGAUCAUUGAUACAGGACAACCCCACCCACUGCGUGCCACCAAUCUCUCCAAUUUGUCCAUUGUGAGCAACAACAGCUUAAAAGAAAUGAAUCAUCAUCAUCGCAACGUCGGCGUUGGCAUUGGUGGCACAAUUGCAGCUACAACUAACAGCAUCAGCACUAACAUUAACAACAACAACAACAAUAAUAAUAAUACAGCAAACAACAGCAAUAGUAGUACAAUAUAUACUGCGCCAUUGCCAAGCAUAUGUAGCGCACCUGAUGCGGAAGUAGAUGUGACUUGGGUGGGAGAUCAAUAUCGACAGCAGCAGGAUCAGCUAAGUGGCAGCGCUAGUAAUAUUGCCAUAAGCAUUAACAAUGCAAAUCAAAUUGGUAAUAAUCAGCAUGCGAACCACAUAAGCCAACACAAGCAAACUGAAUCUACUGUCACCAACGGCAACAGUGCAAGUGUCCUAAAAACCAUCAAUACUGCCACUGGAAGUUGCUUACUGGAGAAUGGCAAUGAAAAGCUUGCGACAGAUAUUACACGGUCAACGUCGCUGUCCAUUGCUGCAAUCGCGCCACACAUGGAUAGUGCCAAUGGCAAUGGAAAUGGGAAUGGAAAUGGCAAUGGCAAUGGCAAUGGCAAUGGCAAUGGUAAUAUCGGUGGUAAAUCCCAAGACUCAGCAAACAGUGCUAACCCACCAAAUUGUGUGGUAGCAGAAUAUAUAAGCCUUAAGGGAACAACAUCUUCUGAUGCCGCCGCAGUAAACAAUCAUAUUAGCGUUAUGAUAUCAUCGUCCUCAUGUGCAAAAAUCAAAAAGCUGAACACUUUAGAAAGCAGCGAAGGCGAUAUGGUUGCAACAGCAUCUGUCGCAGCAGGCCUCACGAUGGAAAUCCAAGACUUUACAAAUGUUUCAGCGAAGGUUGUUGGGGCCAAUAUUAUGCUUAAAAAGGAAAACGAUCUUGAUGAAAAUUUUGAUGCUAUUUCGAAUCAUUGCAGUAGCAACAACAUAGAAACUAAUAUCUGUGAUAAAGUUAAGGGCGAGAAUAAGAAUUCGGAAAACUUGAUAGCCUUCGUUUUUCCGUCAACGCCAACCCAUGUUUCAAGUGAUUCAUCUAGGCAAAUCACAACACGCAAUUCCACAGAAUAUUCACAACCACCGACUAGUCGAAUAGAAUGUGUGACUGCAAAUGUGUGUCAAACCGAUAUGGCAAGUUCAACGGUACUAUCACUGCCUGAGAUAGGCCCAAAGUCAAAAAUCUUAUCUUGCGCUGGAUCGAAUGGGCCUCUUACAAUUGUCAACGAGACAACUUCCGGAUCCGUUAGCAAUCAAAAAACUAUCGGCGUGAUUUCAGCUUCACUUUUAACGACGAGUCCUGCAACAGACAAUGGGGAUAAACAGCCAAAUUCUGGAACAGAUAACCUAUUGCAUAAUAUGCUAACCCAUCCAGGAACAUCAUCUACACAAGUGACCAGCGUAAGUAUUUCUGCUGGUUGCGAGUCAUAUCUAACAUCAGAGGCUGGUCAAUGCGGACUGGGAAUGACUUCAUCUGCAAAUGCUCAAGGAAUUGUUUUGAGCACCAAAGUUGUAACGUCACAAGAGAUGGAAACACCUACGCUUAGGCCCACAAAUCCUUUGAUAUCGGGUACUCCUCUUACACCCACUUCAAUAUCAUCGUUACAUGGCGGAUCGUUUGGCGAGCGAACGUCCAAUGUUUUGCUUGCAGCCAACUUAAAGACAAAUGAGAAUGCAAUACCAAGCAUUGAAGGUGGAACAAUAACUGUUCCCGUCGAUUCACAAAAGGCCAUAACCUGCUCAGUACCUACAGUUGCCAAUGGAUUCCUGACUGGUUACUCAUCUGUCAGUUGUGUAACUUCAACGGUUGGAAGUGGCCUAUCGCGUAUCUCUCCACAUUCAGGAAAUAAGGUGCUGCCUCUUCCAAUGACAUUGCCACCAAAUACGGCAGUUAGUUCCGUUGCAGUUGCUGCCUCCGGUAUUGCAAAAGCGUCUUUUAGUUCAGGAAGUAUACCAGUUGGGGCUGGCGGUUCCUCAUUGGUAUUUCAUGGUGUACCACCACCGAUGCUGGGUGCUGGACUACCUAUGCUAAUUCAGGCGACGCCAUACCGAACACCCUAUCCCAAUUAUUCAUUAUAUACACCUUAUAAUAGUAUAGCACAUGGACAAUACCUGCAAACAGUUCUGCCAAUUGGUACUCCAAAUACGUCGCCUUCCCCUCAGCGCUCGGAUGCUCGAAGCAGUCGCGAGUCACCGGCAACAUCGUCUUUAAAAACUGCAGUUACAAGCGCAUCUACAUCGCAUCAGCACAGCGUCAGUAGUAUCACAGGAAUGCGACCUAUUACGCCACUAGGUUACGUAAUCGGGAACAGUAAUACGACGCAAGCAGUAGGGACGCUGGUCACAACAACGACAACAACAGUACCUCUUAUAAAUUGUACGCAAUCGCAUCACUUACCAGCCAACAGUGCAGGUGCAUUUGGUGUCUCAACCACGGGGCCAGCUUUCACAACAGCACUAUUGUCAACACCUGCCGUAACUUCCGUUGCUGCUAAUGCUGUUUCACAAUUGCAACCACCUGCACCAAUACAAAUGCUCCCACAAUCCGGGUAUUCAACCCACAUUCCUCAAUUGCUAAACUCAUAUCCACAAUUCGCACCAUUGGCGCCGACACAACAACAGUCGCUAUCACGUUGCGGAACCUCUUCAGCUUUGGGAAACAGCAACACCUCAGUCCUUACUGUACAAAGUUUAACGACAGCGAUGCCAUCGCCGUCAGUAAAUGCAUCUAUAGCAUCGUCAUCUGUGAUUCAAAAAAUACUUUCACCCAAAAGUGGGAGCCCUAGCAGAGACCGGGACGCAAAUUACAGCAUUACGGCGGUUCGUCAAAGUAAUAUCGGGCCGGUGUCAGGCGGACCACCUGGCAUCACAUUAAGUCCGUCAUUUUGCGGUUUAGUGCCAAGCACCCCAUAUAGUGCCGUUUCUGCUUCCUCAUCAACCACGUUGUCAUCGGCGACACAUUCAGCUCUUGCAGUUGCUGGACCCAGUAUAGCAUCGUAUUCCCAAAAAACAGGACUCUGGUUAAACCCAUCCAUGACGGGUACAUCGUCCGUUCCAAUUAUGUCGAGUGGCAAUGCUCGACCCACACCCUCACCACUGAACUCUGGCGCCACAGGAACACCAACACGGGUUGCUGGAAAUGCAAUUUCACCUCACGCUGCUGGCAGUGGACAUGUUCCCGUCACUAACUUUCAGCACACGUUCUUUGCCACACCUCUUGCACCAGCACAUUCAUCUUCAGCAACGCCCAUUUCUAUCGCAGCUAUUAGCAGCACCUCAUUAUCUCAUUUGCCUAUGGUGUCCCACACAACGACCGUUAUUGCGACGAUGACAACAGCGACAACGACUACAUCAUCAAUCAGUACAGUGGGCAAUACACAAUCCUCUGUAGCAACGGUGUCUACUGCAGUUACACCCACACCUCAUCCAUUUUCUGCAGAAUCUCUCUUUCAGCCAAGCAAAAAUGAUCAGGCAGACUUAUUGCGACGCGAGCUCGAUAGUCGCUUUUUGGAUCGCUCUGGUUUGACCCAGCCAGCCCCAUCGCCCUCGUCAACAUUUAUGCGACAAGAGUUACACCAUCAUCAACAUCAGCAUACUCACCUGCAUCAGCAUCCACAACUGUUGUCGACAGCACCAAUGUCGGGCGCAGCCACUGUACUACCGCCUACGCCGCCAAGUUCAGCACAGAUUUUUCCACCACCACUAUUUAAAGACAUUCCCAAAAUUACCGCCGUUGACCCGCAGUUUUAUCGUGCAGGCAUCGGCCUCCCUCCUGGGUAUUCGGGAUAUAGUCCAGCAGGGCUCUUGCAUGCUGGUUUGGGUGGGCCUACUCCAUUUAUGCCACCAAACCACUUGACUUCAUUCGCACCAAAGAAAACUGGACGUUGGAAUGCUAUGCAUGUGCGCAUUGCGUGGGAAAUUUACUAUCACCAAAAUAAACAAAAUUCUGAAAAACAAGUUGUUGGCUCUAGUCUAAGCAGCACCGGUGGCAAUGUCAAUCCGGGGACCACUGUUGUAUCUGGCAACGCAGUUAGCAUAAGCAAUGUAGUCGGCGGAGGCAUUGGCAUACCUACAAACAACAUCGCUGCUUCAGCGGCAAGUAGCACUGUUGUGGCGGCAAGUGGAUCUGCAACAGCACUUGGUAUGAAGCCUUCUCCGGCGUUGACAUUAAGCUCAACAUCACCACACAUAAUGCAUCGGUCAGGUGAACUGACGCCAGGUACGACGUACGCCAGAUCGCCAUUUGAAGCUUCGCCAUUAGCAUCUAGUUUUAUUGGGGCACCACCUAGUCAUAUCGGCACAGCGGUUUCCCCAUUUGGGCGGUACGUUGGAUCAUUUGGAUUUGCUGGUCUGACGCAUUUUGGACGUGAUAUGUCAUUAGGUGGACAUUUGGAUGCAUGGAGAACUAGUUCUAUGGCACGCUCUAUGCCAUAUCAUCCUGUUUCUGCCGGCGGUCCAAGUGGUUGGCCCAUCAAGACCGAUCCCGCGCUUGAGAAUGCACGUCGAGAGGCAGAGGAGCGGGAACGAGAUCGUGAAUUACGAGAACGUGAACAGAGGGAACGCGACCGGCAGAGACGAGAACGCGAAGAGCGCGAACGCAAAGAAAAAGAAGAGAAAUUAAAACGCGAGCAGCAGGAGCGUGAAAGAGAACGAGAACGUGAACGAGAGCGAAAGGAACGCGAGCGACGCGAAAUAGAGCGACGUGAAAUGGAACGUGAACGCAUGCUGCAGCAACAACGGAUCAAUGAAAGCAAUAAGCAGGCAGCAGCCGUAGCAUCCUCAGCUACACAACGGGAUCGCUCACCUCAUCGUAGCAUCAGCGAACAUAACCCAGAGAUACGCAUCAAAGAAGAGCAUCCCCGCACAAAAGAGGAGCAAGAUGUGAUGCUCAUGCGUGCAUCGACGGCAGCUGGAGUUGGGGAUCCACGAUAUCAUCCCUCUUCAUUAGUAGCUGUUCAGGCGAAUGUAGCCGUUGCUGCACAUCAUCAUGCUAAUUUCAUGGUGACAGGACGACACGGCUUACCGCCACCAGCAUCACAUCUUUCCCGCAACAUGAUGCCACCAACAAUGGGUGUCAGUGGCCCACUAACACAUUUUGCUCCACCAGGCCCUCCAGCGUGGGGUAUUGAUCCGUAUCGUGAUCCAUAUGUACCCAUGUUGCGUUAUAACCCCAUAAUGGAGGCUGCCAUACGGCAUGAAGCCGAAGAGCGGCAAAAAGCCUUAAACAUGUAUGCGGCGCAAUCAGCGGCUCAUCUGAGAGGUAAGGAACCAAGUCCCAUACCGCCACCGUCGGUUGGCCCUUUGGGUCCACCUCCCACACAUCUCCGAAUGCAGCCACCACCAGUUGUAGGCGUAAUUGCACAAUCAAAUGCACCACCGUCUUCACAAACCUCUCAAACACAAUUGGCUUCAAUCGGAAUUGUGAAGGGACCGGCGCCGCCUACGAUGAACAUGGCAGUACAGCACAUGAUGACAGGAGAUCCCCUGUGUCAUCCGGUAACAUCCAAAAAAGAACCUGAGCACACCAUGGGCAUAGUGGCAAAUGCGUCUGGUAUAGGUGCUAGCCAUACCACCACUGUGCCUGGAAACGUCAUAGGUAUACCACCAGCGCCGCCAGUAACGCUAAGUCGAUGAUAAUUUACUAGAAAACUAUAAAUAGUUGUUUUAAAUUAUAGAAAUUUUUAAAAUUUCAAUUACUUCAUCCCAAUUUUAUGUACUUUACUCUUUUGCCCUACCUCUAUUCAUCACAACCUUAGCCCGAAAACAAACCAAGUUAGUAAGCGCAACGCUUAUGUAAUAUACAAAAUAUAAGUAAAUAUUUAUUAUUUUAAUUUUAUUGUGACAGGAUAAAAUGUCAUAGUUAAAAAAGGUGGGGUAACAUUUUUACCUAAUCAAUAAAAAAGUGCGAAAUUGUUGGAAGGUAGACUUCCAAUGCGCAUUUGUUUUUUUUUUUUUUUUUUGCGAGCCAAACCCUUUUUGUAACAAGUUUGCUUCCCAUUUACGUCUACCCGCAGAAUCAGACGCCACAUGAAACAUACUCGUAAAUUCAUAAAUAAGAUUUUAAUCUUAUAAAAUCACCGAAUACCUAUUAGUUUAAAUUAGAUAUUUAAGUUUGCAAAUACAAGUAUAAACUUAAAAGCAUUUGUAUUAUUUGUAUAAUGUGAAAUUUAAAUUGACACACAAUUAAUUCGAGGACAUAAUUAUACUCAGAUGUACAUACAUACACAUGCAGACAUACAUACAAUAUACGUAUAUAUAAUUAGAAAUAAACAAAAAGCUAUUAAAUCAUAAUUACAAUUGUUGUAUGCUAUCAUUCAGCAACUUGUGGAAUCAUACCAUACCAUUCCAGUCGUGCAUUAUAUGUGUUUCAGAUGUAAUUUCAUUUAUGGCGAUAAUGUAUAUAGUUUUGAAGAAAAUGAUAAUAGAAACAUUGCUAAUAACUGAA